AUGUUUCACAAGUGUGCUGCAACCAAGUUGAUCGACAUGAUCAGCCGAGUUAAGGAAAGAGGUCAGCAACCAUAUUGGAUCCUUGAUGAUUACUACAAAGAUCUGGUCGAAUGUAAAGCUAAAGCUAAAGAGAGGAGCAAAAAAGCUUCCAAAAGUCGAAUGUCAGAUCGAAAUGGGUUAGGACCUCAUAAACAUCGAGCUGGCUCACGUUCAUAUGCUAAAGUUGCAGAUUUGUUGAAAAAAAAGACAGGAGAUGCAUCUUACAUUGAAGUUCUCCGAGAGACUCACAAAAAGCGUGAUGGAUCAUUUGUGGAUGAAAGGGCCAGGCUGAUCAGUGAGGGAUUUGACAAGGAUCUAGCUGAUCAUAUUGUUGAUGAUGAAUUUCCAACAGGAGAAGAGCCAACUCCCCAGAAAAAAAAUGAAAUGUAUUUGAAGUGUUCGGUCUGUGGCGGUGCUUGCGGCCUAGUUCCAGACGGUUCUGGAGGGGGUGGUGGAAGUUGUUCCCCAUUACAAGCUGAUGCUCGCGGGGUGGAAGCUCUUACUUCGGGGUGUUCGGAUCUGAGGCUGAAGACCGUUGGCCAGAAGUGUUAUGAGCUCCGGUACUAUGAGAUGUUCUCUGUGUACCAGGGGUUCCUGAGACCGGAGAGAAUUGGAGUCGAGUUUCGUGUAUUGUAG